GAGCUAAGCCCGGCGCGGGGAAGUGGGGCUGCGCAGCGGUAGGGCCGGGCUUCUGGGGAAAGAAUCAAACGUAACCGUUCCCCGGUGAAGGGGACCAGUCCCCGACUCCCUGGCUCUUCCGCUCUCCGCCGUAACUUCGGGGUGUGGCAGGGUUAGUGACGGGCAUUUACUCGGGAUCUGUGCGUGAAGGAGGUUUGUGGCCACUGGGGUAAUAAAAGACAUGUGUAUAAUCCGGAUUAUCCGCGGUGACUUGGGGCCUCCAGCACUGUCCGUCUAAGUUAAAGGCCUGUUCCCUCAAACUUCCUCCUCUUUCACCUUCCUCUGCCGUCCCUUUGCCAGCCAAGCCCAGCCGGGGAGGGGGUCAGGGCCACCAGGUUGCUGGUAAGGUUGAAAGACUGACUGUGUUAAAGUGAGUCUGUGUAAAAGAAGGAAGGAUUUUGUGGAUUGCUACAGUGCGAGUGUGUGGUGAGUCCCAGAGCUUAAGCAUGUCAGGGAAACGGAAGCGUGUGGUGUUGACUAUUAAAGAUAAGCUUGAUAUAAUCAAGAAACUUGAAGACGGAGGUUCUUCUAAACAGCUGGCAGUAAUUUAUGGAAUUGGUGAAACAACAGUUCGAGAUAUAAGAAAAAAUAAGGAAAAGAUUAUAACUUAUGCAAGCAGCUCUGAUUCCACAAGUCUUCUGGCUAAGAGGAAAUCUAUGAAGCCGUCCAUGUAUGAGGAACUGGACAGAGCAAUGCUGGAAUGGUUCAACCAGCAAAGAGCAAAAGGGAAUCCCAUAUCUGGACCAAUUUGUGCAAAAAGGGCAGAAUUCUUCUUUUAUGCUUUGGGAAUGGAUGGUGAUUUUAAUCCCUCUGCUGGUUGGUUAACACGGUUUAAGCAGCGGCACAGCAUUAGAGAGAUUAACAUUAGAAAUGAAAGAUUAAAUGGAGAUGAGACUGCAGUAGAAGAUUUUUGUAACAACUUUCGAGAUUUUAUUGAGCAAGAGAACUUGCAGCCUGAACAAAUCUACAAUGCAGAUGAAACUGGACUCUUUUGGAAAUGCCUACCUUCCAGGACUUCAGUAAUCAAAGGUAAAUGCACUGUCCCUGGGCACAAGUCAGUUGAAGAAAGAGUCACUAUCAUGUGUUGUGCCAAUGCCACAGGUUUACACAAACUUAAACUUUGUGUUGUGGGGAAAGCGAAGAAACCUAGCUCCUUCUUGUCAACUGACACCUUAAAUCUGCCAGUCUCCUAUUUCAGCCAAAAAGGAGCAUGGAUGGAUCUUUCCAUUUUCCGACAAUGGUUUGAUAAGAUUUUUGUGCCACAAGUUCGAGAGUAUUUAAGAUCCAAAGGCUUGCAAGAAAAGGCUGUGCUCUUGUUGGAUAAUUCACCAACACAUCCAAAUGAAAACGUCCUGAGGUCAGAUGAUGGCCAAAUAUUUGCUAAAUAUUUACCACCUAAUGUGGCUUCAUUGAUUCAGCCCUCGGAUCAGGGAGUCAUAGCAACAAUGAAGAGAAACUACCGCGCAGGUCUUCUCCAGAAUAACUUGGAAGAAGGUAAUGACCUGAAAUCAUUCUGGAAGAAGCUAACUCUGUUGGAUGCACUUUAUGAAAUAGCAAUGGCAUGGAACUUAGUAAAACCAGUUACCAUUAGCAGAGCAUGGAAGAAGAUUCUCCCUUCCAUAGAGGAGAAAGAAGGCUUGGAUUUUGAUGAAGAAGAUAUUUCUGUGGCUACUGUGGCCACCAUUUUACAACACACCAAAGGAUUGGAAAAUGUGACUAUGGAGAACAUUGAAAAAUGGCUUCAAGUAGACAGUACUGAACCAGGCUAUGAAGUAUUAACUGACAGUGAAAUCAUCAGACGAGCCCAAGGCCAGACAGAUGAAUCCAGUGAAAAUGAGGAGGAAGAAAUAGAACUGAUUCCAGAGAAACAUAUUAAUCAUGUAACUGCUCUCCAGUGGACUGAAAAUUUAUUGGAAUAUCUAGAACAACAAGGUGAUAUGAUUUUACCUGAUAGACUGGUUAUACGUAAACUUCGAGCCACCAUCAGAAAUAAACAGAAGAUGACAGACUCAAGUCACUAAUGGCAUUUCAGUUUUAUCAUUGUUUUGAUAAUUGUUUGUGACACUUAACCUCUUUGCAAUAUGUUUUAAUUUCUUUUUUUUCUGAUUUAGACACAGUCCUGUGAAAUGCAGAUAUAAAAAUGUAUUUGAGGAUUAUGUGUUUUCAUCAUGUGUGUCACUUGUCCUUUUAUUUGUGCAGAUAAUCAGAAGCUGAUUCUGUAUAAAUGUAAAUUAUAUGUACACAUGUAUUUACUUUUGUAAAUCUACAAUUAGCCCUUCAGUGACAGUGACGUUACCUAAAUUUUCUAGCAUAAGUUGAGUGAACAGAUUGAGAACUUUUCUGAAAUUGUUUGCUUAAUUUGUGAGGGCUGCCACAGUAAUCUUUUUUUGUGCUAACCAUCUUAAAUGGUUGUCUGUUUUGUAUAUCUGUAUAGGCUUGACAGGAUGAGAAAGAUUUAUAUUGUUAGAUUUCAGGAUUAUCUAUAAUUCAAAAAUGAAGUCCAAUAAUGAUGGGGAAACAAUGAUCUAUGAAUUAUAAAAGUAACUUACAAAUAAUACUUCUGUACUCAUGUAUGUGUGGGUGUCAAGAGAGAAAGAUUGUUCUGGAAAUGAAGUAAAUAUAAUAUAGGAAGUGGUUGCUAAAUGAGUGCAGAACUUUUGGAAAGCUGGUAUAUAAAAGGUAUUCUCAUCAAUUUAUUUGUAGGAAAUGGAAUUAAAAAUUUUGGGAACUUUAGGUUAUUUACACAAAGGGAACGAACAGGCUUGUUUUAAUUUGGUCUUUUUAUUAUAUUAUGAAUUGGGUAACAGUAUAGGUUUAUUAUUUAUUCAUCUAAUCAUAGCACAGGUUUUGUAAUGUUACCUUUGAUGAUAUGAGCUCCUGCCUUAUAUUUUGGGAGAAUA